UUGGCUUGAAACAUCUUUGCUUUUGCGACGCCAUUCCCCAUUUUUUGUUCCAGAAGCUCACCGAAAGAGGAAGACUCGCUGCAAGAUGCCGCCGAAACCUGCGCCGAAAAAGAAAUGUGAUCGCGUUAAAAAGCUGAAUCAGCGUGAAUCGCGUCCAAAUUCAUCAGAAAAUGUGGAUCCAAAUGCUCGUUCAGCGCAUUCGCUGAAUUCGGUAAUGAUACAGGAAGAGCUGAAAAAGCUUCUCGCUAGUCAAGGAGAGCAUCUUACCCAGGCGGGAUACACUUUUGUUUCGGCAAAUGAUCCCCAAAUCAACGAUUCCCCAGAUCCAGAAUCGCAAGAUCCGCUUGCUUCAUCUACGAUGGCGUUUGAGGAUGAGCAACAGUUGGAUGACAUCCACGAAGAAGAGGAUAACCAAGUUAAUCUGAAGGACGAUACGCAAAAACAAAUCCCGGAUGUCACAAUAUGA